GCUUCUUCUUCCUCCUUAAUUCUCUUGUUGCCAUAAAUUAUAUUGUCUAGGUCUCUACUUAUUGGAAGAUAAUCUGCAGCUCUGUGGCCACGGAUUUAAUUGAUAAUGGAGGACUCAGGGUCUGGAGCAAGUGAUGAUGGAAAGACUUGUCCUCGAGGACACUGGAGACCUGCCGAGGAUGAGAAACUCCGGCAGCUUGUCGAGCAAUAUGGCCCCCAGAACUGGAACUCAAUAGCAGAAAAGCUUCAAGGAAGAUCUGGGAAGAGUUGCAGAUUAAGAUGGUUUAACCAACUUGACCCGAGAAUUAACAGAAGGCCAUUUACGGAAGAAGAGGAAGAAAGGCUUCUCGCAGCUCAUCGCAUUCAUGGAAAUAAGUGGGCUUUGAUAGCUCGUCUCUUCCCUGGUAGAACUGACAAUGCUGUGAAGAAUCACUGGCAUGUCAUCAUGGCUAGAAAACACAGAGAGCGGUCUAAGCUCUAUGGAAAGAGGGGUUGCCAAAAUUUUUUUCUUCGAAAUUCCAGUGCUUCCUCUCAUGACUACGGAAAGUGUUCAAGACCCCAAAUAGAGAACCAGUCCAAAGAAUUCCAGUUCAACCGUAGUGAGUUCCUUGAAUUCCAAAGUCAUGGAAAAGAUGGGGUCUUUGAAGUAUCCCCAUCGAGUUCCCCCCAAACUUGGGUAUUUUCGAGUUCAAUGAAUACAACCAGCACACAGUCAGUAGAUACUUUUCAUGGCGGAGGGAGGGAUUACUUCAGUUCUAGUUGCUGCAUUAUGGGGAGCUCACAUACUUCUGAUCUGCAACCUCGCUAUAGCUGCUAUACUAAUUCCUCUCUCUACAGCGGAUGCAGGAAUUUCAGUGUACCACUGCUUCCUAACUACAAGGGGUUUACUUAUACUCAGCAUGGGAACCCUAACCAGAGUGAUCAUGGUUAUGAGAAUAACAAAAUGAUCAAGAGUACCGAGUUGGAGAGAUUUGGAGAUAAUGGGCUGACACCAAAGUUUAGAAUGACUACAGAUCAAGAGCAAGGAGAUGACUCCAAACACAAAGAUGUGCCCUUCAUAGACUUUCUUGGUGUGGGCAUCUCUUCUUAAUUACUGAUACAUGUAAAAUCCUUUUUAAGUUAAUUAACUCCUAAAUUUCUUUUUUGUAUAAUUUUAUCUCAACUUAUAUGGCUGAACAUGGAAAAGCAUUUCAGUUCCUCCAAGGGAAAUGGUGAUGAGGUUCAUAUAUAUUUAUGAAUUAAUUAGAAUACUGUUCUUGACUUCUUGUUGU